UGCAAAAUCUAUGUAAUACUUUCUUACGGUUAGUACAAAUUAUUGUAUUGUGUGUGUUCUGAUAAUGUAUUUUGUACAUGCAUACAUCGUUUUACAAAUAAUUGUUUUCGUUACAACUGAAGAAAAUCCUCUUCAGUAUCAACCUCCCGAAGUAAGUCCUGCAUUAUUCGAAGGUGAUUUAGAAUGGGAUGAAGGAAUUGAUACAAAAAGAAGAUUGGGAGUAAUCAUCCAGCAAAAGCUUUGGACCAACAAAACCGUACCUUACCUUAUCAGCAAAAAAUAUAACAAUAGAGAAAAAAAGUACAUUCGGAAAGCAAUUAAUGUCAUUAACCGUAUGACUUGCAUUGAACUUAUUCCGAGGAUGAAAAAUGAAGUCGACUAUCUUUAUUUCAAAAAUAGCAAGAAACAUUCCGGAUGCAGCUCUUAUGUUGGCCGAAGAGGAGGAAAACAAAACAUUUAUUUACAAAAGCGUAAUUCAAUGGGCGGCAAUUGUUUCAGAAGAACUGGUACAAUAAUUCACGAAAUAAUGCAUUCAUUAGGAGUACUUCAUGAGCAGUCCAGAUUGGACAGAGACGAGUAUAUAACUAUACACUUUGAAAAUAUCAUGCCAGGUGCCGAGAAAAAUUUCAGAAAGACGGUACAUAGUUUUGCUACCUCCAAAUUCCAAUACGAUAUAAACUCGAUUAUGCAUUAUGGUGGGAACUACUUCAGCAUAGAUGAAAAAAAACCGACAAUAACUGCAAAAAAAGCAGGAAGUAUAAAACUGGGACAAAGGAAAGGAAUGUCGAUUUUGGAUUGUUUAAAGUUAAACCAUAUGUAUGGAUGUCUCCAAGAACCCAACGAAAAGAAGCGAUACCAGAGCAUUUGUAAUUCUUUCGGAAUACAAUAAAUUAAAAAAUCAACUGCGUGUCAAGCUCUUCCAAUAUAUCUUGAUACUGAAAUACUUAUAAUAAGCACCUACUGUAUAUCUAUGUAGAUUGGUAUAUGUAAAAAUAACUAAAUGAUUAUUGAUGCUCUUUCAUUUC